AAGUCAACCUUCUCCUUCCUUGUCGAAUCUUGACUCAACGUGCGAUGCAGCCAAUGACGGCACAAAACCAUCAAAUCGAUCUCCAAAUUCCACCGGGAAGAGUCUAGACCCUCUCCCAACUCAGCCAUAAAAGCUCAGCGAUCGCCACUUCCCUCCUUCAUCAACUCACCGAUCCAUCUGAUCUCUGCGACUGCGACCGCCGCUACAACUGCAAUUGUCAUUUGUCGGGCGCAAUCAGACAUGGGGACUAUGGUCGGUCAUGUGGCACCGGGGUUCGGGUUCUUGGUCAUCGGCCUCUGGCACCUCUUCAACCACGUGCGGCUCCGCUCGGUGCGCCCCGCCUCGUACGCCUCCCUCCCCUGGUUCCCGGCCGGAGCCGGCAAGCUCCGCCACUUGGAGCUCCACCUCAUCGCCCUCGGCAGCCUCGCCUCCAUCUCCAUGGAGCUCGUCAUCGGCCCUGAUAAGCACCAGCCCUUCGACGACGACGGCUCCAUCCCCUCCAACCACCUCCACAACUUCGAGCACGCCGCCAUCUCCCUCGCCCUGUUAGUCUACGCCGUCCUCGGCGUCGCCCUCGACCGCCUCCGCGCGCCGCUGCGCGACGAGCUCACGAUGCUGCUGGCGGCGGCCGCCUUCGCGCAGCAGCUGCUGAUGUUCCACCUCCACUCCGGGGACCACAUGGGCGUGGAAGGGCAGUACCACCGGCUGCUGCAGACCGUUAUCGCCGUCUCGCUGGCCACCGCCCUUUUGGCCGUGGCCCACCCGAGGAGCUUCCUGAUCAGCUUCGUGAGGUCAGCCAGCAUCGCCUUCCAAGGGGUAUGGUUCGUGGUCAUGGGGUUCAUGCUGUGGACGCCGGGCCUCAUCUCCAAGGGGUGCUUCAUGAACCUGGAGGAGGGCCACCGGGUCGUGCGCUGCCACACCACGGAGGCGCUCGACCGGGCCAAGUCGUUGGUCAACCUCCAGUUCAGCUGGUUCAUGACCGCCUUCGUCGUUUUCUGCGUCCUCUUCUAUCUGCUCGUCACCAGGGCCUAUCCGGAGGAGCCACGGUACCUUCCCGUGGUCAAGGAAGAAGGCGGAUCCCACGACGAGGAGGAAGAGGAGAUGGACUUGGAAUCGCAGAAGCUGAUGGAAUCUGCGAGCUUCGCUCGUAUGGGAACAGGACUCAUCAGGGCUAUGGAGCUCGAGAGGUAAACUAAUUAAGGAUGGCAGGCAGCAACUCAAUGUACAGUGAUUUGUUAAACUAUUGGAUAGCCUCUGCUUAGAUUUCUCCAUUUCUCUUCUAUUUGUAUUGGCUUUCGAUCGGUGAUCAAAUGGAUUCCGCUUCAAGGCGUUUCAUGUGG